AUGUACCUUUCCAUUUGUUGCUUCUUCCUCUGCUGGGCUCCUGCCCUGACACUGAAGAACCUGAAUUACUCAGUGCCGGAGGAGCAGGGAGCAGGCACGGUCAUCGGGAACAUUGGCCGCGAUGCACGGUUGGCAACGGGGGCAGCAGGUGGUGGGCUGCUGCCUGCUGAGCGCAGUAGCCCUGGACGCGGAUCCAAGUCCACCUUCCGGGUGCUGGAGAACUCGGCCCCUCACCUCCUAGAUGUGGACGGGGAGAGUGGGCUGCUCUACACCAAGCAACGUAUUGACCGUGAGGCACUGUGCCGGCGCAGCACCAAGUGCCAACUGUCCCUUGAGGUGUUCGCCAACGAUCAGGAGAUCUGCAUGAUCAAGGUGGAGAUCCAGGACCUGAACGACAAUGCACCAACAUUCCCUUCUGACCAGGUGGACAUGGACAUCUCAGAAAAUGCUGCGCCAGGCACCCGCUUCCCACUCACCAGUGCUCACGACCCAGAUUCUGGGGACAACGGGCUGCGAACCUACCUUCUAACCCGUGAUGACUACGGCCUCUUCUCUCUUGAUGUGAAGUCCCGUGGUGAUGGCACGAAGUUCCCGGAGCUGGUCAUCCAGAAGCCAUUAGACCGUGAGGAGCAGAGCCACCACACUCUGGUGCUGACAGCACUGGAUGGUGGCGACCCACCACGCUCGGGCACGGUGCAGAUCAAUGUACGCCUCAUUGACUCCAAUGACAACAGCCCUGUCUUUGAGGCAGCCUCCUAUGUGGUUGAACUGCCAGAGAAUGCACCAUUAGGGACAGCUGUUAUUGACCUCAAUGCUACUGAUGCUGAUGAGGGCACCAAUGGUGAAGUGCUCUACUCCUUCAGUGGCUAUGCACCUGAUCGUGUCCGUGACCUCUUUAGCAUCGACCCACAGAGCGGCCUCAUCCGUGUCAAGGGCAACCUGGACUAUGAGGAGAGUGGUCUCAUAGAGAUUGAUGUCCAGGCUCGAGACCUGGGGCCCAACCCCAUCCCUGCUCACUGCAAGGUCACCGUCCGCCUCAUUGACCGCAAUGACAAUGCUCCCACCAUUGGCUUUGUCUCCGUUCGCCAGGGAGCACUGAGUGAGGCUGCCCCACCAGGCACUGUCAUUGCCCUUGUGCGAGUCACUGACCGUGACUCGGGUAAGAAUGGGCAGCUCCAGUGCCGGGUGCUAGGAGGUGGUGGUGGGCCUGGAGCUGUCCCUUUCACACUGGAGGAGAACUAUGACAACUUCUACACUGUGGUCACUGACCGGCCCCUGGACCGUGAGGCACAGGAUGAGUACAAUGUGACCAUCGUGGCACGUGACGGGGGGAACCCCCCACUCAACUCCACCAAGUCGUUCUCUGUCCGAAUCCUCGAUGAGAAUGACAACCCACCCCGCUUCAGCAAGAAUCUUUAUGUAUUGCAGGUGCCCGAGAACAAUAUCCCUGGAGAGUAUUUGGGCUCUGUCUUGGCUCAAGACCCUGACCUGGGCCAAAAUGGGACAGUCUCUUACUCCAUUCUGCCUGGGCACGUGGGUGAUGUAUCCAUCUACACCUAUGUCUCCGUCAACCCAACCAAUGGUGCUAUCUAUGCCCUGAGGAGCUUUAACUAUGAGCAGACAAAGCACUUUGAGUUUCGCGUGCUGGCCAAGGACUCGGGUUCACCCCAUCGUGAGAGCAACGCCACAGUACGUGUCACUGUGCUCGAUGUCAAUGACAACGCACCCCUCAUCGUCCUACCUGCCCUCAUCAAUGACACCGCUGAGCUGCAGGUGCCACGCAACGCUGGGGUGGGCUAUCCUGUGGGCACCGUUCGUGCCCUGGACAGUGACUUUGGGGAGAGUGGGCGCCUUACCUAUGAGAUUGUGGAAGGCAAUGAGGAGCACCUCUUUGAGAUGGACCCCACUAGCGGUGAGAUACGCACCUUGCACCCCUACUGGGAGGAGCUCAGCCCUGUGGCUGAACUAGUGGUAAAAGUCAGUGACCAUGGCAAGCCCAGCCUCUCUGCGGUGGCUAAGCUCAUUGUCAGGGCCUUGGCAGGGCCCCUACCCGAGGCUGGCGAGCCACAAGUGAAUGGCGAGCAGCAUCGGCGACCGCACUGGGACUUGUCGCUGCCCCUGAUCGUGACCCUGAGCACUGUCUCCAUCAUCUUGCUGGCUGCCAUGAUCACUAUUGCUGUGAAGUGCAAGCGAGAGAACAAGGAGAUCCGCACCUAUAAUUGUCGCAUUGCCGAGUAUAGCCACCCUCAGCUGGGAGGAGGGGGAGGCAGUGGCGGGGGAGGAGGAGGCAGUGGCAGUGGAGGGGGCAAGGGCAAGAAGAAGAAGAUCAGCAAGAAUGACAUUAUGCUGGUGCCCAGUGAGGGCGAGGACAGCCGGGGCCCCCUCAAUGUCAUGAACGUGGUGAGCAGCCCAUCCCUGGCCACCUCACCCAUGUACUUUGACUACCAGACCCGCCUGCCCCUCAGCUCUCCCAGGUCUGAGGUGAUGUACCUGAAGCCCGCCUCCAACAACCUGACUGUACCCCAGGGACAUGUGGGCUGCCACACCAGCUUCACAGGGCAAGGGACUAACGCCAGCGAGGCUCCCCCGAGCCGGAUGUCCAUAAUUCAGACAGACAAUUUUCCCGCAGAGCCCAAUUACAUGGGCAGCAGGCAGCAGUUUGUUCAAAGUAGCUCCACAUUCAAGGAUCCAGAAAGAGCCAGCUUGAGGGACAGCGGGCAUGGGGACAGUGAUCAGGCUGACAGUGACCAAGACACUAACAAAGGCUCCUGCUGUGACAUGUCUGUUAGGGAGGCACUCAAGAUGAAAACUGCUUCAACUAAAAGCCAGCCACUUGAACAAGAACAAGAAGAAUGUGUUAACUGCACAGAUGAAUGCAGAGUGCUUGGUCAUUCUGACAGAUGUUGGAUGCCACAGUUCCCUGCAGCCAGCCAGGCUGAGAAUGCAGAUUAUCGCACAAAUCUCUUUGUACCCACAGUUGAAGCUAAUGUUGAGACUGAGACUUACGAAACUGUGAACCCCACUGGGAAAAAGACUUUUUGUACAUUUGGGAAAGACAAGAGAGAGCACACUAUUCUCAUUGCCAAUGUUAAACCUUAUUUAAAAGCCAAACGUGCCCUGAGUCCUCUGCUUCAGGAGGUUCCCUCAGCAUCGAGCAGCCCAACCAAGACAUGCAUUGAGCCUUGCACCUCAACAAAAGGACCUCUGGAUGGUUGUGAAGUGAAAUCAGGAGCCUUGGCUGAACCAAACAGCCAGUACUUGUCAACUGACAGUCAGUAUCUAUCGCCUAGUAAACAGUCAAAAGACGCUCCCUUCAUUACAUCAGAUCAGAUGGCUAGGGCCUUUGCAGAUGUGCAUUCCCGAGUGAGCCGAGACUCGAGUGAGAUGGACUCUGUUCUGGAACAGUUAGACCGUUCAGCCCGGGAUCUAGGCAGGGAGUCGGUGGAUGCCGAGGAAGUUGUGAGAGAAAUAGACAAGCUCUUGCAGGACUGUCGGGGAAAUGACCCUGUGGCCAUCAGAAAGUGA